GAAAUUAAAAAUAAAUUAGAAUUAGUGAAAUUGCCAGAGCACGAGGAGCAAAUGAUUAAAUUUUUUUUAGCAAAUAAUUCGGAUAAAGAGGCCAAGGCUAAAUUACAAGAAAAAUUAAUCAAUCAAGGGCAGUGGAAAGCGAGAAAUCCGGAUUUUUUGUCUGGGGCCAACAUUUCGGUUUGCCUUUCCGAUCGCUUUAUGGCGGCUGUCAAAAACGAUGAAGAUUGA